AUGGAGUUCCCUCGCGUCUUGAUAGAGAGCGGUGCCCUUAAUGUGAUACAACAGCUAGAGCACCAUCACUCCGACAGAUCUGUACUGAGUUUGCACCUAUCCGAAGCUCGACGGUUGCUUGAUUCUCAUUCCCACGUCUCUGUUUGUUACACUCGUCGAGAAGCUAAUGGAGCGCAUGCUUUAGCAAAUUUUGUGUCCAGUACCGCCCAACCUUCAUCUUUUGAGCCUGAGGUUCUCCCAUGCAUUGCUGCUAUUAGGUUUACCAAAUCUUUGCUGGCGGAACGUGAUGAGAUUCUAAGAUUGUUCAAGCGUUGCAAUGUCAACAAAGACGGAAAGCUUAGCAAAGAGGAAGUGAAAGCCGGUUUUCAAAGUCUUCAAUCACGUUUCCCCGGUUUUAGAACUCAACGUACGUUUAAGGUGGCUGACAAAAACGGCGAUGGCUUCAUCAGCCUCUAA